AACUUGAGAUUAGCUUUUGUUCCUCUAAAAGAAAAGGAAAUGGGUGAAAAUAUUGAUCAUCUUCGAAACCUAGAAGAGGAAAAAGAAGAGGUGCUUUCUCUUUGCGACUUUCCGAUUGACAAUGAGGAGUACGAUGAGAAAGUCGUGGGAAAGAUGGAAAAACAGUCUCGAUUAUCACCGGAGACAACCGAGUUCUUCAGCUUCUUCAAUAUUGACUUCGGCAUUGAUAUGUGUCCGGCCGAUGACAUUAUCUUCUGCGGGAAACUCGUGCCUAUAAAACAUCAGCAUGUUUCUGAUCAAGGUCAAAAGGGUACUAAUUCUUCUAACGAUGAUACGAAGCCGUUGUUUGGCUUUCGCAAGCGAUCCGAGUCUCUUUCCGAGCUGCGUAGCGCCACCAUGACUCGUUCGGACAGUUUGAAGACCAGGAUUUUGAGGUAUUGUCGUUCCUUGGAUUAUCAGAAACCUCACCGGAUGUCGAGCUCGAACUCAUCAUCAUCCCGUAAUCCGUCCAUGGAGAGAAAUUCAUCCGGGAGGAGCCUGGGAAAAUCCAACGCCAAAAAGUUGACGGUGAAGCCACGUUGGUACGUGUUAAUGUUUGGAAUGGUGAAAUUCCCGCCAGAAAUGGAUCUCAAGGACAUCAAAAAUAGGUUGUUACGGCGAAGUCCGUCGAUUAUGUUCCCUCGGGUGGAUGAUGCGAAAAAGCUUCCGCCUAACCGUAGCAGCUCCGGCCAGGCCGCUUGGCGAUUCGUCAAAGCGUUGAGCUGUACGGAUCCCACAAAAGUUGAUGUAACGUCGUCGUAUUGCAUGCCACGUGCGUAAGUUUUAUUCACAUGCUACGCAAAUGUUAUCACUUCUUUGACUUGAUUACCCUCAUUACCACUUUUGUAUAUAGCUCAUGUAAAGGGGUCUUUUGGUAAAAUCUGAAAAAAUGGAGUUGCAUUUACAUUUAGUCAUUUAGAUUAUAAUGAUAAUCAUCGAAGAAUGGCUUAUUAAUUUAAGUGGAAAGAGUUUGUUUUUCCUUAAAUAAGAUUUUGAAUUUGAA